UUGGAGACGUUAGAGCAAUGUCGGACAGAAGAAACCGACGUACCUGAGAAAAUGGCGCUGCGCUUAGAUGCCAGACUAUUAAUGGGAAAAAUUAGAGAUUUAAGGUGUUUUACGUCCAGGAGACAUCGAAUCAAAGAAAAAUGGGCUGCUACCCGCCCCAAGCACCCUCCAACUAGUUUAGCCCUGCAACAUUUUGACGUGACCUACAGCAGUCAGCUGGGUCAGCUCUGGCCAUCUGUUCGAGUUGCCCUGCUCUCAGAGAGAAAGUAUGGAGCUCUGCUGAACAAUUUCUGCACCCAUGAUUUUGAGGAAGAUCUUACUUCUCAAGGAUGCAGAGACUUUGUUUCUGAUAUGGUCACAAAAGAGCAUUCAUGCAAGGAGAGAGAGACAGAAGUGGAAGUCAGUGAAAAUUCCACUUUAACAGCUGCGGAAAAAUGUGAUGUUAUUGGGCAGCAUCAAUUAGCAGCACCACGCCUCAGCCCAAACAUCAAAUGCUUAGUCUUUCCAAGAGGUGAUAUCACACGAUUCAAACCAGCUAGACCAGACGCAUAUGGAUUAUUAUCUUACUACUUGAUGGAUGCGGCAUCAGUGUUACCUUGCCUUGCCCUGGAUGUUCAUGAGGGUCACACCCUGUUGGACCUCUGCGCUGCCCCAGGAGGAAAGACACUGGCUUUACUCCAAAGCCAGGCCAUUGGUUUUUUGUGUUUGAAUGACUCCUCUGUCUCUCGGACAUUACGGCUAAGGAAGGUGCUCCACAGCUACGUACCUAAAGAGCUUUUGACCAAUAAGAAUCUACGCAUCACUUCCUUAGAUGGCACCAAAUGGGGCGAAAUAGAGCAGAAUACUUUUGACAGAGUGCUCGUUGAUGUUCCCUGUACCACAGACCGACAUUCACUCAUGGAAGAUGACAACAACAUAUUUAGUAAGAACAGAAUGGGCGAGAGGCGACGUCUGCCGCAAUUACAGCUGCAGCUACUGCUUGCAGGAUUGGUGGCAGCGCGUCCAGGUGGUGAGAUCGUCUACUCCACAUGCACGCUUUCUCAAAUCCAGAAUGUUGGCGUGGUUGAACAAGCCAUCCAGUUGGCACAUGAGAACUAUGGCAUCCAGCUUCAGGUUGUAGACCUGCACCCCCUGACGCACAUGUUCAAGAAUACCUUCCACUUCGCUUCUGACCUCCGUCUGGGUGAGAUGGUCAUCCCACACUUAGCUGCUAACUUUGGACCCAUAUAUAUGUGUAAACUCAAGAGGCUCACGUAGAACUCUGAUUGUGUGGAGGGACACUCAGUAUUUGGAAUGGUUACAUUUGACACCUGUACUAGUAUGUUCAUAUGAAUGUGAAUGUAAAGAAUCACAAUAAAAUCGCAGGAAACUUUGACAUGCAAAAAAAUAGGGAGCUUUUAGUGGAUUGGUAAGAAACUUGGAACUUUGUUUGCUACGCUACGCUAUGCCCACGAAGUUCAACAGUAGACACGUCAUGUUUUUUACGGGCGCUGCCCCCCCCCCCCCCCCCCCACCCCCAAACAUACACAUGGAAUCUCCCGAUAGAUUUUUUAAACUUCAGAUCCGAUUGGAUUUUUCCAUGAUAUUUUAAUAAUACCGAUCUGACUCUGAUUCGAUACCUACAGUGGGGAGAACAAGUAUUUGAUACACUGCCGAUUUUGCUGGUUUUCCCACUUGCAAGCCUUGUAGAGGUCUGUAAUUUGUAUCAUAAGUUCUCUUCAAGUGUGAGGGAUGGAAUCUAAUACAUAAAUCCAGAAAAUCACAUUGUAUAAUUUUUAAAUAAUAAAUUUGUAUUUAACUGCAUGAAAUAAGUAUUUGAUACAUUACCAACUAGUAAAUAUUUCGGCUCUCAGUUCUUUUUUUAAGAACCCCUCCUGUUCUCCACUCAUUACCAGAAGUAACUGCACCUGUUUGAACUUGUUACCUGUAUAAAAGACACCUGUUCACAUGCUCAAACAAACAAACAAACAAACUCCAACCUCUCGACAAUGGCCAAGACCAAAGAGCUGUGUAAGGACAUCAGGGAUAAAAUAAUAGACCUGCACAAGGCUGGGAUGGGCUACAGGAAAAUACGCAAGCAGCUUGGUGAGAAGGUAACAACUGUUGGAGCGAUUAUUAGAAAAUGGAAGAAGUUCAAGUUGACGGUCAAUCUGCCUUGUUUUGGGGCUCCAUGCAAGAUCUGUAUAUUUUUUUAUAUUUUUAGACCAUUGAAAAUUAUGCAACCAGUAUUGCAUAUUGCUAUACUGUUUAUUUUGGUUCACAAAAUUAACUGUAUUGAAACAAACUUUCUCUGCCAACUGUGUUAUGAAAAUACAUUAAAUAAAUAUAUAAAUCCCACAUCCUUCCAACACUACAGCUAUAAUACAUACAGUGGGGAGAACAAGUAUUUGAUACACUGCCGAUUUUGCUGGUUUUCCCACUUGCAAAGCAUGUAGAGGUCUGUAAUUUGUAUCAUAAAUUCUCUUCAAAUGUGAGGGACGGAAUCUAAUACAAAAAAACAAAGUCACGUUGUAUGAUUUUUAAAUAAUUUGCAUUUAAUUGCAUGAAAUAAGUAUUUGAUACAUCACAAAAAUCAAACUUAAUAUUUGGUACAGAAACCUUUGUUUACUAUUACAGAUACCAAACAUUUCCUGUAGUCCUUGACAAGGUUUGCACACACUGCAGCAGGGAUUUUGGCCCACUCCUCCAUGCAGAUCUUCUCCAGAGCCUUCAGGUUUCGGGCUGCUGCCGGGCAACACAGACUUUCAGCUCCCUCCAUAGAUUUUCUAUCGGGUUCAGAUCUGGUGACUGGCUAGGCCACUCCGGGACCUUAACAUGCUUCUUACAGAGCCACCCUUUAGUUGCCUUGGCUGUGUGCUUUGGGUCGUUGUCAUGCUGGAAGACCCAGCCACGACCCGUCUUCAGGGCUCUCACUGAAGGAAAGCGGUUGUCAGCCAAGAUCUUGCGAUACAUAGCCCCAUCCAUCCUCCCCUCAAUACGGUGCAGUUGUCCUGUACCCUUGGCAGAGAAGCAGCCCUAAAAAAUGAUGUUUCCUCCUCCGUGUUUCACGGUUGGGAUGGUGUUCUUGGGGUUGUACUCAUCCUUCUUUUUCCUCCAAACACGACGAGCCGAGUUUAGACCAAAAAGUUCAAUUUUGGUCUAAACUCGGCUUCAUGACCUCCCAUUGCUCCUCUGGAUCAUCCAGAUGGUCAGUGGCAAACUUCAGACGUGUCUGGACAUGCACUGACUUCAGCAGCAGGACCUUGCGUGUGCUGUAGGAUUUUAAUCCAUGAUGGCGUAAUGUGUUUCCGAUGGUUUUCUUCGAGACUGUGGUUCCAGCUCUCUUCAGGUCAUUGACCAGGUCCUGCCGUGUAGUUCUGGGCUGAUCCCUCACCUUCCUCAUGAUCAGUGAUGCCCCACAAGGUGAGAUCUUGCAUGGAGCCCCAGAACGAGGCAGAUUGACCGUCAACUUGAAC